GUUAAAGCUCGCCGGGCCAGGCCGCGGCCGUCGGCGGAGCGGAGCGGGGCGGAGCGGGCAGGCGGUGUCGGCCAUGGCAUUGCGCGGCUGCCGGCGCUGGGCCAGCCUGGUCUCGGCGCUGCGCGGCGGCAGCUCGGGGCACUGGGACGGCAGGCACCUCGGGGACACGCCGCAGCACCGCGACCUGCGAGCGGCCCUCCGGAAGAUCAUUGACAAGGAGAUUAAUCCCUUUGUGGACAAGUGGGAAGAAGAAGGACAGUUCCCAGCACAUAAAGUAUUUAAAAUCCUGGGACAGGCUGGAUUCCUUGGUGUGGAUAAGCCAACAGAGUAUGGUGGCAUGGGCUUGGACUUCUCCUAUAGCAUUGCAGUGGCAGAAGAGCUGGGAAAUAUCCGCUGUGGAGGUAUCCCCAUGGCUAUUGGAGUGCAGGCUGGCAUGACUACUCCUGCUCUUACAAGAUUUGGUUCUGAUGAGUUAAAGAAACAGUUCCUUGUACCUACUAUAGCUGGAGAUUCUGUGGCUUGCCUGGGAAUCAGUGAAACUGGAGCUGGGUCAGAUGUCGCAAGUAUCAAGACAACAGCUGUGAGAAAAGGUGAUGAAUAUAUCAUAAAUGGUGGUAAGAUGUGGACUACAUCCGGGUGCCAAGCAGACUGGAUGUGCCUGCUGGCAAACACCAGUGAAGGACCUCCCCAUCGAAAUAAAUCUCUCAUAUGUCUGCCAAUGAAUCUACCUGGAAUUCACAUUGCUAAAAAGAUAGACAAACUGGGCAUGAGGUCAUCGGACACAGCUCAGAUCUUUUUCGAAGACGUAAGGGUCCCCUGCAAAAACCUCAUCGGCGAGGAAGGACAGGGUUUUACAUACCAGAUGUUGCAAUUCCAAGAAGAGCGACUGUGGGGAGUAGCCGCUGCCCUGGCACCGCUGGAAACUCUAAUACAAGAAACUGUUGAGUACACUCGCCAGAGAAAAGCGUUUGGCCGUGCCGUCCUGCACAACCAAGCCGUGCACUUCCGCCUGGCUGAGCUGGCCACCGACGUGGAGCUCCUCCGCUCGCUGCUGUACCGCUCCGUUGCUCUCUAUGUGGAAGGCAACGAUGUGACAAAAUAUGCUUCCAUGGCUAAGCUAAAGGCGGGUCGUCUGGCCCGUGAAGUGAGUGAUAGCUGUCUCCAGUUUUGGGGAGGAAUGGGAUUCACCAGCGAGGUUCUGGUGAGCAGGUUUUACAGAGACUUUAGAUUAAUGUCAAUAGGAGGUGGUACGGAUGAAACGAUGCUUUCCAUCAUAUGCAAAUACAUGGAAACACUUCCAAGCAAGUGAUGUUAUCUCCAGUCUUGCUUGAAAUAAAGUAAGCAAGGGCAUGGUUUCUAUUGCACACUGAAGGUAAGAACAAGUACAUGAAAAAUGCUCACCAAGGUCUCUUACCAUUUUCAUUCUACAUGUUCUCCAGUAUAAAAUUUGUCGGUAAGAAACUCUGGUCUCCUGCAAGAGUUACUGCUUUGGAGGGUGUCUAGUGAUCCAGACAAAGCACCCAAAAAACCUGUCAUCUUUAAUCAAGGUAUAUCUACAUUUUAGAGCAUCUAAGCCAACAGUUAAGAAACAUAACUAACUUCCAUAUGGGUAGAGCUAUGAUUUCACUAGUAGCCUAAUCUAAUUGCAGUGUAGCUUUGCUUUCAAGAUUAAAGCACAAAUUAUUCCCUGCAGUAUUAAAAUACUGGAAGUUAUUUUGCUCUCAAUUACAAGCACCUUCUCUGUCUUUCACUUUUAAAAUAAAAAUGAGUUGUGUCAUCUUUGCCAUGUUUACAUUGACUUGUGCUGCUCUGUAAUGGGUGUGGUGGUGGGAAUGGGGGUUGAUUUUUAUCUGUGGAAUUCUGAAAAGAAAUGACUAAUUGUAUCUGAAGCUUUUGGAGGCCUGAUGUUCAGCAGUAAGUUGCCAUGUUUUGUGUGUAAUUAUUAAAUAAAAAUAUUUAGAAUUAACAUGUUAACAUGAAAAUUGUGUGUAAUUAAACUCUUCCUAAAAUAAACACUUAAGCCAGACAA